CCUACAAGUCCCAUCAUGCUCCUCCGUGGGCUGAGCGACUCCCCGCGGGAAGGCGGCUGUUCGCCACGCCACCCGUGCUCACAGCUUCUUUAGUACUCCUCCGUGUGCCUCUGGCAUUUUCGGGGGCUCUUCAAUCCGAUAAGCAAGGGUACGGCGGCUGGAUAGCUAUGACCUCGGAGGAAGCGUGGCUUCGGGACCGGAAGAACCUCCGGUUGCCAGGGCAACGCCGCGCGCCCAAGUCCCUGCCCAGUUACUGAUGCUCUGGCUGAGGCAGAGGCUAUCUGUUUACCCAACUUGUGGACUCUGCUUUUGUUCAGGACCAGUGAUCCUUCCUCUCGAGGUGUAGAGAGGAAAGCUGAGAGACGCCUGCACCAGGUUUCUAUCCCAGAGACGGAUACGGGCGAGUGCGUUCAGUCCUAUUCCUCACCAGCUUCUGGGCCCGCACAACUAACCUCAAAGACCAGAUGCAGUUGUCUUGGAAGCCUCUUAUUGUUUAAGUUGCUGCAGCCUCACAUCCUUCAAGCUGGUUUGUAAAUAUUUGAAUCACAUUAUGGGAUUGCUAGACAGACUUUCAGGCUUGCUUGGCUUGAAGAAGAAGGAGGUUCAUGUUUUGUGCCUUGGGCUGGAUAAUAGUGGCAAAACAACAAUCAUUAACAAACUUAAACCUUCAAAUGCUCAAUCUCAAGAUAUAGUUCCAACGAUAGGAUUCAGCAUAGAGAAAUUCAAAUCAUCCAGUUUGUCUUUUACAGUGUUCGACAUGUCUGGUCAAGGAAGAUACAGAAAUCUCUGGGAACACUAUUAUAAAGAAGGACAAGCCAUUAUUUUUGUCAUUGAUAGCAGUGAUAGAUUAAGAAUGGUUGUGGCCAAAGAAGAACUGGAUACUCUUCUGAAUCAUCCAGAUAUUAAGCACCGCCGAAUACCAAUCUUAUUCUUUGCAAACAAAAUGGAUCUUAGAGAUGCAGUGACAUCUGUAAAAGUGUCUCAACUGCUGUGUUUAGAGAACAUCAAAGAUAAGCCAUGGCAUAUUUGUGCUAGCGAUGCCAUAAAAGGAGAAGGAUUGCAAGAAGGUGUAGACUGGCUUCAAGCCCAAAGACAAGAACUCCCUGAGUAUACCAUGAAGUACUUUUUUGAAAACCAACAGAGAAUAUACAGAAACCAUUGCAGAGAUCAGAUCCAGGCUGUGAAGACAUGAAAAGAUAAUAUUUGGAAAUGUCAACAAUUGUCAAAUCGUGGAAUAUAUCUUAAGGCAAACUGAAUACUUUAAAAUUUUUAAAAGAUGUUUGUGCAUCUAAGAAUAUAAUAAUUUGCUUUUACGGACUCUAAAUGAGCUUUAUAAGAACAUAGGACUUCAGGUAUGUUAAUCUGGCCAUUAAUUUUAUGAAAACUAAAUCCUCAGAAAGGCUCCCCAGAAUUAUUAGCUUCUUGGUAAAGGUCUACAUUUUAUUGUAAUGAGAAUGUUUAAAGUCAGUUAAAAUUCAUCUCAAUAUCUCCUCAUGAAUUAUGAUACCUUUAAUGUAUUUUAUUUUUUUAAUUGUCUUCUGAAAGUUUAGUUUGUGGUACGACUUUGCAGUAUAAUUGUGCUUAUGAAAAAGAACUUUAAAUCUUUAUAAGGGACCAUGGGUAAUUAAUGUAUAUUAGAUUUUUAGUAUAUGCCACCAUCAAUAAAACAUAAAAUAUAAUGUACCAACUAGUGUACUUUGUUUAUGCUGAAAAGAAUAAUGCUGUGUUAAUAUGGUGUUUGGUGUUUUUACUGUCAAGCAUUUGUAAGUUAUCUGAAACCAAGUUAUACUGAAUUUGCUUACCCAGCGAAUCUAUAUUCAACAGCUCUAUACCUGUACUAGUCUAGCAUUAUCCUACACAGUGGUGAUACAAGAUAAAUAAGACAUUUCUUAUCCUCCGACAACUUAAAAUUUAAUGAGGGCGAAUUUGAGAACAUUUUCAUACAUUGUAUCUAAUUUUGUUUCAUUGGCUGAAUGGAAAUAUUGACCUGAAGAUUAAGAAUUAUAAAAAUGAAUUGUGUGAUUCUUCAAUAAUUAUUAUAACUGACUUUUUUCCUUCAAAAUGCUACCAGUUUACCAUAGUACUUUGUUAAAAUAGAUUGUAACUGGCCAAACAAUGUUUUUUUCUGAGCAUAAACUGCUACAUAAAUGUUCUUUAAGAUUUUAGACAUAUCUUGGUUAUCUACUGUAUGCAAAUUGUUAUUCUCACAAUUUAAAGAUCACUUACAAUUGUGAACUCAAAAUAGAAACUUUGAGUUUAAGGUAACCAUUUGGAAACAGUGUUUAGAACAAUGGUGUCAGUUCUAAAAAACAUAGCAUAUAAAGAAAAUGUAAUAUACAAUAUGUAAUAUCUUAAACAUCCUUAGCUGUGAAAUGAUAAAAACAGAAAGUAAAAGGUAAAUGAGUAAUAAAGAUGUGUUAUAGUAACUGCAGUAGUGGCAUGUUUCAGAGAUUUGAAUAAAAUAAUUUAAAAACUACAGUAAAAAUUCUAUAAUCCAGUUUCUCAUAGCCAAGAAGUCCCAGUGAUUUAUAAUUUAACAAAUUGAAAGUUAUCCAGACUAUUUCAGUGGUCCAGCAUUUUAAGCUAGCUUGCCAGCUUCUCAAUAAAUGUUUUGAUGAGGAUAAAAACUGAGACUCAUUAAUCUAGAAUUGACUCACAUAUGAAAAGGACAUGAUGAAAACACUGAAUGUCAUUUAACAAAAAACUGGUAUGCUGCAACUAUUUUAGGAGGAUGGAGAAAGGGGUGUUUAAGAGAAUUCAGAUCCUCAUCUACCAUACGAUAAUAAUAAUAAUAGUUAUCAUUAUGUGAUCACUAUAUUUUGAGCAAGAUAUUAUUAUUAGCAUGUGAUUUUAUGUCAUUUAAUCCUUACAAUAACCUUAUAUGGUAGGUUCUAUUAUUUGUUUUACAGACAAGAAAACUGAGGCCUAAAAAAGUUAAGUAAUUUGCUAAAGGUCACAGAGCUAAUAAAUGGUGGUACUGGGAUUCAGAACCAAACAAUCUGUUUCAAAUUGAUGAUUCAAGAGUCAGGAGUAUUGCACAUAUUAGAGAUAUAGAAGUAUCUGCCAUAAGAAUAGCUAAAAGGGUUGAAAAGACUCUCACUGGGGAGUGAGAUCAGGCUGGGUAGGGGAGAGGUCAGAGAUAAAGGACAACUAUUUUUAAGUCUAUUAACACUUUGAAUUUUAAAUUUUGAAUGAUAAAUAUACUCAAAACUAUUGUGCUAUUAAGUUAAUUAGUAUUCUACAAACUACAGUGACUCAUACCUAUGCAGAUAUUUAGAAGAAAGAGAAUACUUUCUCUUUUAUUUUCAUGAACUCCAAAUCUAGUUUAUAUUCUGUAGAAGCAAGUUGGGCAACAAUAGUCACAGGAUGCCAUAUAAGUGUGUUUAAGCUGAGGUUAUUGCAUUUUAUUUAACACAUGGAAUUAAAAUUUAUUGCAUUAAAACUCAAGCAGGUAUUUUUUCAUGUUUAGACAUCACUGUGUUAUAAAGUUUAAUUCAUUGAGCUCUACAUUUCAAUAUAACACCUCAUAAAGUGUUCAAAACAUCCUAUUGUACAUUUUGCAUUUAUGUGGCCCUAUUUAUAUGUAGCCCUAUUCAACCUGUGCUUUGUAUAUCACAAAGGGGCUGAGUUUUAUAUAUUUACUUUUCAUCUAUAAGUUGUCUGCUAAAAAUUAUGAGUUGCCUCCUGAUUUCUUAGGGUUUUUUUUUCUUUUGGAAUUUUUGGCACACCAUGUUGGAAUUUCCAUGCAUAUAUGCAGAUACUCUUGCAAAAAGGGCAGAUACAUCCUACAUGCGACUCUGGUACAUUUAAAAUACUGUAGCAUUUUAAUGGACUUUGUACAUAUUUUCUGCUUUCUGAUUAUUCCUCUUCUUAAUUUAAAAGAAUAAACCGAUUGAAAGUUCACUUAAA